AUGUCGUAUCAGACCGAAACUUCAAACUACUGUAGAACUCCCGAAAAUGAUAAUGACAACGCUGGUGGUCCGUGGUGUUAUGUAAACGAGACGAGAGGAUGGAACAGAUGUAAUAUACCUGUAUGUGGAGGUGCAGUAUGUCCUGCUUUGCUUGGUAAUUUGGAAACAUUAGACAGAAAACACAGAUACCAAUACGGAGAAUCUGUAAUACUUUCCUGUAAAUUAGGAUACAAAUUAAUUGGAAACAGAUAUUUAACAUGUCUGCCGUCCGGUCAGUGGAAUGAUACAAUCCCCAGAUGUGACGUUUUAUGUUCCAAUAAUCCCUGUAAAAAUGGAGGAACGUGUACUGACGGAGUAAAGGGACACACAUGUACCUGUCGAGACAAUAACUUUGGUAUCAAUUGCCAGUAUGAUAUAGUGAAAUGUUCCAAUAAUCCCUGUAAACAUGGAGGAACGUGUACUGAUGGAGUAAAGGGACACACAUGUACCUGUCGAGACAAUAACUUUGGUAUCAAUUGCCAGUAUGAUAAACAAAAAUUAAAACCAACAGUUCAAUAA